AUGUCGAAAAUAACCUUCUUCCCCCAUGCAACCACCACUAUUCUCCUACUCCUCAUCCUAGCCACAACCUCAUCAUCAACAAACCCUAACUCAUCCCCACUCCACUUCUCCAAGUCGUCUAGAUCCCCGUCAUCAUCACCAUCCUCGUCGUCAGUCAUCUCGAACCCUGAGAAGCUGUUUGACGACUCAAUUCAGUCCAUCCGGACUCAGGCUCAGUCCAUCAUCAGCAACAUGGCCUCGUCCCUGAUCACCACGAACAUCAUUGAUGACCCCACGAUCGUACCAGCCACAGGUGCCAGUGGGCCCGUGCUGGACUGCAUGGACCUGCUGGACGACACGUUGGACCAGCUGUCCAACGUGGCAUACCGACGUCACAACCCGGCCCACACCCACGACGACGUCCAGACGUGGCUCAGCGCCGCCCUCACCAACCAAGAGACGUGCAAGGAGAGCCUCCAAACCCCGCCGCCCGUAAAAAAUUCCCCCCACCGCCACGUCGACUCCGUCAAAGCCAUCCUCCUUCAGUCGUUGGCUCAAAACAUGACCACCACCGUCGAAGCCUCACUAGCCCUAUUCGUCAACCACAUCCAUAGUAACAACAACAACAACAACCCACGUCAUCACUUCAUGAGCCCUAAAUACCACAAAUACCCUUCCAACACCCCCAGCGGUGGCCGGAAGCUCUUGUCCACGUCAUCCGCCGGCCAUGAUAAUAAUAAUAACAAGUUCCCCGGGUGGCUGCCCGCCGCCAAGAGGAAGCUUCUAGAAGCUUCGGUGGACGAGGUGGAGGUCCAUGCUGUGGUGGCGAAGGACGGGAGUGGGACCCACACCACCAUAGCGGCGGCGCUGAAGGCGGUGAUGAUGAGUGGUGUCACCACCAUGGGAUCCGGCGGCGGCGGCGGGGGUAGUUCGGUGAUUUACAUCAAGGCCGGUACAUAUAAGGAGACGUUGAACAUUCCGACGAAGCAGAAGAACGUGGUGUUGAUGGGAGACGGGAAGGGCAAGACCGUCAUUGUGGGGAGCAAGAACGCCGACGACGGGUCUACCACUUAUCAAACCGCCACCGUUGCUGCGAUGGGAGAUGGGUUCAUGGCCCGGGACAUCACGAUCAUAAACGACGCCGGCCCGAGCAAGCACCAGGCCGUGGCGCUCCGGGUCGGGUCGGACCGGUCCGUGAUCUUCCGGUGCUCCAUCCAGGGCUACCAGGACACACUCUACGCCCUCUCCAAGCGCCAGUUCUACCGCGAGACCGAUGUCUACGGCACCAUCGACUUCAUUUUCGGCAACGCCGCGGCCGUGUUCCAGAGCUGCAACCUGUUCGCCCGAAAGGGCGGGUCGUACCCGAACAACUUCCUGACUGCCCAGGGGCGGUCCAGCGAGUACCAGAACACGGGCUUCUCGAUCCACAACUGUCGGGUCGAGGCAGCCCCGGACCUCCCCGGAGGAUCCAGGUCAACGUACCUGGGGAGGCCCUGGAAGGAGUACUCGAGGACCGUGAUCAUGCAGUCCCAGCUGGGCGGGCACAUCAACCCGGCCGGGUGGUUCCCCUGGUCGGGCGGGUUCGCGCUCAAGACGCUUUACUACGCGGAGUACCUAAACUCCGGACCGGGUGCCGGGACUUCCGGUCGGGUCGGCUGGCCCGGGUACCACCGUGCCCUGGCACCGCUGGAUGCGUCUAAGUUCACCGUCGGGCAGUUCAUCACGGGGAAUUCCUGGCUGCCCUCGACCGGAGUCGCGUUCGACUCCGGUUUGAUCGGUUAA